CAAAGUGCAGAACAGAAUAAAGUGCAGCUGCAGCUUCUCCAGCAAUGGCAGAAAUCUCAGAAGCUCACGACUCGGAUUCCUCGAAAUUACAAGACAAUGGUAGUGAAGCACCACAACGACCCGAAUCUGAACCGGACUUCGACCCAAAAUUAAUGCGUAAAACCAAACCCGGAUUGAAGCGCCUCUUUCUUACCUUUUCCGUCCUCUUCUCCUUCCUCCUUGGUUUCCCAUUCUUAUGGAAGUCCGUUGAAAUCUACCGUUCUCCUCUUCCGUUUAGCGAAAUCGACUCGCUCUCGACUCAGCUACGAUCCGAUAAUUUACUAUUGCCGCUCCAUUUCCACGCCCUUUUCGUCGGAUUUGAUUCCGAUCCCGAUAGCGUCCGUCGGCCAAUCCUAUCCGAAAUUGCCAAACCGACCUCUCAAAACCCUAAAUGCUCCAACAACUAUACUCUCUCUGUCACCGUGGAUUUAGGCUCACGUUGCCUCCGCAGCCCAACAUCGUCUCCACAUUCGAGUUCUUACCGGUGCGGAUCAAUCACCGCCUCUGAUUUUGUUCAGAACGAUGAUGUGGCGGUCGAUGAGAGGCUGGCGUCAGUUUUUGGCGGGAAAAACAAUGGGUACAGUGUGGUGGUGGUGAAGGGUGGGAGUGAGAGAGCUGUUGUGGGGAAGCAUAGACACGCGUGGAUGGUAGUUGGAGAUGGCAGCGAGGUGGAGGUUGCAGCCUUGAAGGUUGCGGAGCUGUUGGUGAAGGUGUUUAUUAAUGGAGGAAGGGAGGAAGGGUCGAUUCAGAACGAGUUUAUGCCCGUAGGAACCAAUGGGAAGAUAGUUCUUUCCUUCAAUUUGCUCAAUGCUGAUCCACGUGAUUGGGUUUAUGAUUGGGAUUUUGAGAAGAUAGAUGAUACCUUGUUGGCCCCUAUGAUUGAGGCUUUGGGACCAGUGGCGAACAUCAGUGUAGAAAGUCAGGUUUUGUACCAUACACCAAAGGCCUUGUUCUCUUAUUGGAAUCAAAAGUUGGAGAGCUAUGUCUUUAGCACCAAAGAUCUUCCUUUCUUUGUAAAUUCUAAUGAAUGGCACUUGGAUACUUCAAUUGCAGCUGGUGAGCGCUCAAAGAUAUUGCAAUUUGCGGUAUAUGUACCAUCUGCAAAGGAAUGCCCUCUUCUUCUCCAGCUGCCAAAUGGAGAGAUUUCUAAGACAAAUGGCUUUGUAUCUCCAAUGUGGGGAGGUGUUAUUGUUUGGAAUCCCCGAGGCUGUUUAAAGGAUACAGAUUUCGAGUCCAGUGCCAAGAACAUAAUUCCAAUACAGGAUCUUGAGAACAUGUUUGAAGUAUUCAUUGGGCAGUUCCGGCAACUUUUUGGUUUCAAAUCUGUCAAUGUUUAUGCUGGUGCAUCAGGCGAUUGGAAUCUUCUGCCUAGUGAAAGAGGUUUUACUGAGUGGGAAUUGGAUGUCUUGUCGCGGCAGCAAACAUGUUUUAAUCUCCAUUCAUGUGUUACGACACUUGGAUCACUUUCGAGAUUGGUUCAAUCACUGCCAAGGAUGAUUAUCAUGGAUGAGAUCGGAAAACAGGUAAAGUUUUCUCUUGAGGAUGCAAAGCUGGCACUAAGUAAUGCUUCUAGUGGAGAGUAUGAAUAUUCAGCUGCCUCCUCUGGUAAAGCAAGGUCUCUGGCAGAGGAUGCCUUUUUGCACCCAUCGAUUAUGUCUGUUAGCUACUAUUCCUUCGAGCACUGCUUUGCUGUCUACUCGCCCUUCUUUUUGCCGGUUUCAAUGCAUGUUAUGCUUGCAGCUCUGAGAGAAUUGAGACGAUAUAAGCAAGAAAAGGCAAAGUACCUAGCUUGGAAGGCUAAAGAAAAACCAGCAUCUUAAGUAUUUCCCUGGAUGGAAGACUGACAUCAAGCAAUAGGGAAGAUACUAUAAGGCAUGGGAGAAAUUCAAGCAACAAUACAAGAUAUGAGACAAUUUUUGAAAAACUCUAUGCAGGUUUGUAUCCAUAGAAAAUUUAAUUAAAUCUGUUGAAUUUGAGAAUAUUUUCAUGAGUCCAAGUUUUGGAUAUAUG